AUUCUGAAUAAAGUACAGUGACCGACCGGUGUGACCAAGAGCCUUCAGGGAAAAAGAGUUAGGCACCGAUGAAAGGGUUAAGAACUCGAUUCCGCAUAAGUGGAGCACUGUUGUCAUCGAUUGCAGGUAUCUCUGUUGUCCUCACGGCUGUUAAAGGUUUCCAGAGCUGGAAAAGUAGCCGCCAGUCAAGCUGCAUAGAUUCUAAGUCGAUGUCUUGCUCUUCUUCAUGCCUUCAGCAGCAUAAAUUAGGACUGCUUUUGGCAGAUUUUGAUCAGACAUGUACAACAUGUGACACAACUGAACUGUACUAUCGGACAAGCCAAAGAUAUCAAAAUGGUAGUUUGGAGGAAAAGCUUCGACUAGAUGAAAAAUGGAAGAAAGUCACUGGCAAAUAUCUCAAAGAAUAUCGCGAUCAAAUAUCAAAAUCCUUAUCAAAAUUUAUGCAAAAUCCCCCAAUUGAAUUUGACAAGGAAGGCCUAACUUCAUUUUUAAAGGAAAUUGCAGAAUUUAAUAGAAAGGCAACUGUUGAAGUAGAUGACAGCAAACUGAUUGCCAAUGCAGACAGAACUGGACUAAAAUGGGCUGCAGGCCAAGUGAAGUUUUAUCCAGGUUGCUCUGAUGUGAUCAAAUCUGUUUUACCUUAUGUGCGAAUUGUUUCUGUUAACUGGUCAGCGGAGAUGAUUUACUAUGCUUUCAAGGAGAUUAUACCAGAAAAAUACAUCUAUGCAAAUAAUUUACUUGACAACAAUGGCUUAUCAAGUGGAUUGAUUGGGAAGGAUAUGAUUUCUUCAUUUGAUAAAGUGAAACUUGUACAGGACAUAAUUGCAGAAGACAAAAUAGAUGGAGUGUCAAUAUUUGUUGGCGAUUCUAUAACAGACUUACUGAGCAUGCUAGCAACAGAUUUAGGAAUAAUAGUGGGUGAUAGCAAAACCAUUCUCCAGGUUGCUAAAAUAUUUGGAAUACAUGUGAAACCACUUGAGCAACUUUUGUACCAAGAAGAACUCAGUUUUAAAUGUAGAGAGGUUGGGAACAAAAAGCCAGUUUUGUAUUCUGCUGCAAACUGGUUUGAAAUACAAAAACUUCUUCACAGAUUGAUAACAACAGACAAAGUCUGAAUUAAGCUGUUUUAAUUUUUAUGUCAUAAAAAUGUUUUGUUUUUGUCAAA